GGCGACCUGGAUUCAUUCGUGCAUGCAUUGACCCACAUUUCCAAGUUCUGAACAGACCUCAUUGUCGCUUCAGGUGGCUUCGCCUGAUAUCAUCAGCUUUGUGAGGUUCCGCUUUAUCUCUCUCGCCAUGGCAUUCGGAUACUGGCGAGCAAGACAUUCCUCACACCGCAUGUGACCUGACGAUGUUACAAGAUCAUAAAUACUGUUUGGAUGAAUCAAAUGGUACCUCGCCUACUUUUGCAGACGCACGCGAUGAAGGUGAACUGGUUGGCCCUUGUUUUUUGUGCGGGAAGAAGUUCAGCAGCCGGAGCUUAUUACACAAACACUUCGAGCUCAUGCACGAAGGUACUACGAUUGAUCUGGACCGAUGCGACUUGAGCGGAUUCACAGGCGUGAGUGGGGACCAACACACCAACCCAGACUCAGGCUUCCGGGUGCUAACCUGUGCAUUUUGCAACAAAGUAUUCACGAAAAACUGUAACUUGAAUCUCCACAUCAGAGCGGUUCACAAAGGUGUCAAGCCAUUCGAGUGCACCAUGUGCUAUAAGGGCUUUUCUCGGAACUCCGAUUUACAUAAACAUGUUGAUGCGGUGCACAAAGGACUAAAACCCUUCGGAUGUCACGUCUGUCGUCGAAAUUUUUCGCAGAAAUCGAGCCUCAAGCGACAUAUUGAGGCCAUUCACGAGGGCACCAAGCUGUGA